AUGCGCUUCUACACCGCACUCACCAUCUUCGCCGCCACUCUUGUCGUCGCUGCUCCUACGCCAGUUGAACAAAACAAUGAAAAUCUCUGGGCUUGCGGAAAGGAGAAAGAUGGAAAGAAGGAGGGCGGCUCUAUCGCUGCUUGCGAGACAGCCACUGCUGCUGAUCAUGUCGCAUGUAUCAAGAGUUGUGCAAAAGAUGCCGCGUGUAUCACUGACUGUUCUGCGAAGGCUGUUGCCGGUUAUACAGCCUGCGCUGGUGUCUAA